UGUGGAUGAGUUAGCCAAGUAGCCAAGCCAGCCAAGCGAUGGAGACUAAACAAGCGGCACCAGACACCACAAGAAACCAGCACACACCCCAGUCAUGGCCGAGACGUCCAGUUCCGAGGAGGAUACGUCGCCAUUGUCGUCUGCCAGACCGUCUCCCGAACCGCCGACCACCGUAGAGACAGCGGGUAAGAAGGAGCUUGAGACGAGGACCAAAGCCGUGGAGGAGGCGCUGAGUCCUCUCAUAGAGCAGAUAACGAGACUGAGCGGCGACCAGAAGCUGGACCCGACCAAGCCGCUGCCGCCCUCCGUGGAGAGGCUAGCCGUGGUAGUCCAGAGAGCCACGGAGACCCUGGUGUCGCUGGGAGAACAGAUAGCCAGCGAGAACCCGACCUUUCAAGAGGACUUGCUGCUGGCGUGUAACGAGGUGAAAGUGGCGGGAGGGAGCAUGCAACGAGCUACUCUGGACUUCUCUGGGGACACUCUGGACGCGGGGAGAAGAGAAGCAAUGGCCGAAGCCUCCCGAGCUCUCCUAAUUGCAGUAACCAGACUCCUUGCGGUGGUCGACACCAUCGACUCACACACCCCUUCCCAAACCUCUAUAAUGAUGGAGGCUAAGCUAAAGACACUGUAUGAGGUCUCAAGUGAAGCUGAGCUGAUGAGAACUGUCAGAGACUGCACUCCGGACAUCACAAGACUCACUCAGCUAGCCGCUCAGAAAUUCAGUGAGGAGGGAAGUGAGGAGAAACAGCAGAUUCUGGCUGCAGCACAGACCCAGCUCAACCAGGCCAGCCGUAGUCUCAUCACAUCCUCCAAGACGUUCCUGAACUACCCACACAUGGCGUCGGCCAAGGCCAACAGAGACUACGUGGUGUCCAGCAUGACUGAGGCCCUGGUGGUGAUUGCUGAGCUGACUGACGGCAGGGACGCCUCUUCCACCACCUUUCUCACGGCAGUGGAGGAGAGGCCUGGCCUCUAUCAAUACUUCGAUGAACUCGAGUCUCUGCUGAGUGUGACAGUGGGCAUGGAGCCAUCUGGAUACACUCAUCACCAGACGAGGCUCGGGACUGUGUUAAAGAGAAUCCUCGCCGAGGCAGGAGAUCUUCUCUCUCUCUCAUUCCCACACGACUACCGGCAGCACUCCAUCAUUACACUCAGUCAGACAUUGAAACACGGUACCCGGAGGCUUUUGCUGGCUUUGGGGCGAGGAGGGAGGAGAGAGGAGGAGGAGGAAGAGGAGGGAGGGGGAUCAGCAGGUGACACAGUGAUAGGGGACAUAAUCAUAGAGGUUGAGAGUACAGCUCAAGAUCUCAAGAAAGAGUUGACGAAUGCAGUGAUGGACCAGUUGUCUGGAGCCUUCCUCCAGCCACUGGUUUCAGUUGAGAGGGUGGAGACAGGGGCCAAGGCAGGGAAGGAGACCACUGUUAGGAAGAGACUCUCCUCCUUCAAAAAGCAUGCAGCAGAUAUGGAGAAGGCAGCUCAGUUGGUGUGUUCUCUCUCCAGAGACAGAUAUGGCGUGAGGACCACUCAGUUUGUGGUCAAGUACAUCUCUUCCCUGAAAUCCCAGGUGGCCUAUGCGGCACAGACACUCUGCAUGCACCCCGCAAGCCACCUCGCUCUCAGGAACAUGGUUCUGUUCCGAGAGGCCUGGGCCGAGAACGUCCAGCUGCUCCUCAGUUCACUGGAGGCCCUGGCUCCUCUGACACAGUUCAUGUCUGUAGUCGAGGUGCUGAUACGAGAGGACAGUGGGAGGUUUAUGAAGGCGGUGGAGGGAGGAGAUGGACGGGAGGCGAGGAGAGCAGUCCAGACAGUGAAGGGUCGGGGCCAGCAGCUGCUGCGGGUGGUAAAAGAGGACUUGGCGGGAAACCCUCGAGCCUACAGCCAGGAACAGCUGCCGGGAGUGAAAGCUUCUGCUCAGACACUGGCUGACAAAUCUCUACAGUGGUUCGGUAACCUGGGACUGAAGGCAGCAGACACAGUGGCAUCGACCCACAAUCCACACACUGUCAAUCAAACUGCACUGGAAGAGGCUGCACAGAAGAUGAAUGAGGAUGUGUGGAGACUAAGAAGAGCAGUACUGCAGGCCAGGGGGGAGUAUGAGGGAGACAGUGGGACCCCAACACCAAGUGCCAUAUCUCCAUACACCCUAUCACAGGAGAGUGUCAUCUCACUUGGAGGCAAUAUGUCUCCAGGAGGAGACAAGUUUGAAAGAACCCCAACCUACAGCGGUGUGUUCCAGGAGGAGGUGGAGGAGGGAGGGGCCUCCCAGACAGUUCUGGAGGCUCUCUCUCCAGGACAGAGGGAGCAGCUGGCAAGAGAGACUGAUACCCUCUCCCAGGAACACUCUAGGUUUGAGGACGAGGUGAGUAGGUGGAGCAACAGUGGCCAUGACAUCAUCAUCAUCGCCAAGGAGAUGUGCAACAUGAUGAUGGACAUGUCCAACUUUACAAAAGGAGAGGGUCAGCUAAAGACAAGCAUGGAUGUCAUCAUUACUGCAAAGGACAUAGCCAGAGCUGGAGAGUAUCUGUACAAAGUCACCAGACCCGUUGCAGAGAAGUGUCCCAGCAGUCAGCACAGGGACGAGCUGCUGGUCCACCUGGACCGCAUGAGACUCCACACUCAGCAGCUCAAGAUUACCAGUCGAGUCACUCUGGAACAGGAGGGCCCGCCUGGGGAAACUGUGGACUCAGCCAGUGCAAUGUUGAGUGCAGGGAGAAACCUCAUGGACAGCGUUGUCCAGGUCGUCAAGACCUGCUACCUCGCCUCCUCUGCCAUCGCCAGAAUUGAAGGCACUGUACCUGAAGAGGUAGUUCAGUGGAGACUCCAGUCACCUCAACUGAAGCAGUUGACACCCGAACAGUCAGGGGCUCCACCCGGCAACAACAGAGACACACCUAGUAAGACCUACCGGGAGCAGCGACGGGCAGAGCCCUCCCCCAUAUCUCAGCUGGAAGAGUUCCAAUCGGAACCCGAGGUGGGUGGGACCGGGAGGAGGAGAAAGGUCACCCCUGUGCCCGCGCCCACAAGGGGGGGGAGACCUCGGAGACCCAGAGGUGGAGGUGGAGGAGGAGGAACUGAUUUAGAGGCCAUCCCAGAGGUGGCCUCCUCACACUCUCUGCACGAGACUACAUUUUUGUAAAAAAAAUAUUUUCGCGCUCUCGUUUCAAAAUUUUUGAGAAUCUUGAACUUUGAACUAUACACGUGCGUGAUGAGAAGAUGGCGAGUUUGCGAGCGGUCGUGUGCCGACGGACACUGAGCAAGCACUACAGAAGGCUCUCCAGGUCUCUGUACAGAUGUGAGAGUUCUGAGGUAUCAGCCGCCGACCUGUCAGUAGAACAUGAGGUGGACGAAGAGGCUGAGGUUCCGUUGGUCCCCAAAAAUCGUGAUACACAUGCAGUUCUGAAGGCCCUCUCCUCAACUCUAGCACAACUACCACACCCACUACUGAUGGGUGGGCGGAGUUUGGCUGACCCUAUGGCCCCUCGUACCAGAGCACUUCAGCUGGAGUAUGAGAGAGCUAAAGAAGCUGGACGCAAGUCGGCUCAGUAUGCCAUCAACAGGUGGCCUGCAAUGUUUCCCGACUUCGUAUCUGAGACAGACCUCAAACUCUCAACAGACCAACCUCAGGGCACCAACGAAGAAACUCUGAAAAGUUUGAUAGCCAAGAGGCAGACUGGUAGAGCCAUGAAACUCUUCACACUGCUUCAAGAGAGAGGUGAUCCGGUCUCCCUGGAGACCCAGAACGAUAUACUGGAGCGGCUGGCCUACUAUGGAGUGGGAGUGAGGAGGCAGCUGCCUUCCUGGCCAGAGAGGAGACGGAACAGGAGGAGAGGAGCCUCAAAGACAGAGCCCACCUCAUGCAGUUUCAAAGAUUGCCAACUAGGAUGUGGAGUCAGGAAAAUCAUGCAGAGAAGUUCUUUGCCGAAAUGUCUGUGAAGAACGGUGCCACAUAUGAUGCCCUCAUCCUAGGACUGGUGAAGUUCAUGAACUUUGACAGAGCGUGGGAGAUGUUCGAUGAGAUGAGAAAAGAUGGCCACCAAGCAAGUCUGGCCACCUACAACUCCCUGCUGUUUGUCAUUGGCAACACCGCCGUGCCUGAUCCCUGGAGCAGGGCCAUGUCUCUUGUCCAGCAAAUGAACCUGGAGCCAGUUGUCAGACCCAACAUCAGUGAGCAUCCCUCACCCCAUCCCUCGUAACUCUCUCUUCUCUUCUCUUUCUCCUCCCUCUUCCUCUCCCUCCCAGCCACAAUGAACCUGCUGCUGGAGAUAAGCUCCCAGACUGGGUCCUCCUCAGCUGCUAAACGCUCACUUCAGACCUUCAGAGAAUCACUACACCUUGGCCUAGAACCCAACCUUACUACCCUCCUGGCUCUUCUGAGGGCCCACGUAAAGGCCCUGGAUGGGUCAGUGUUGUAUGACAUCACGGACUACCUCGAGCAGAACCAGCACAUCCUAAAGAUAUCUGACACACAAGACAUAUUCUUCUUCACUGUGGCGAUGACAACGGCCAGGAACAUGCUGGACCACGAACUAGCCAUGAGGCUGAGGAGACUGUGCAACCGUGACAACUGGAUGCUCUGUCAGAACCUCACCCUCUUCGUUUCCUACUACCUGACCACCAUCACUGGUAGAGUCCCUAUAGAAACCCUCAAGGAAGAAUACAGUCAUUUCGUACCCGAUGUUGUUCUACCGAUGGAAUGGGUGUACGGAGUCAUGUUCAGAGCCUGCGAGGAACAAGAGAACCUGGGAUUUGCCCUCGAGUUAUGGAACCACAUGUUGAGGUACCAUGUCAGUAUAGCCAGUGUGGAGACUCUGUCUCGGUUCUGUGGAGCCAUGUCCAAGAAAGUGUUUCCCUCGGAGGUUGAUGCUGUACUGCAGGCUCUGCUGAAGGCCUGGGACAAGGCCGUGGACAUAAAAGUCACGCCUCCGUCAGUAAUGAUUGCUCAGAUCAUCAGACUAUACUGUAUGAAGCAGAACCUGCGCAAGGCCUGGGAGUACUUUCAAUACUUUGAGAAGUACGACAGAAAGCCAACGUGAGUAACUUUUUCGAGUUGCAGAAGGCGCUAAGAAGCUAAGAGGAUAGGGGGAAGAGAGAAAGAUAGAGAGAGA